AUGGAUUCUCAAAUUUCGGCUUCCAGUGCUGGGGGCACUCCUCCUCAAAGUGUGCAAACAAUUACAAAGAUCGCCCAAGAGUAUCAAUACAAUGCAGGUGUUCCACUGAAAUGGUGGCUGCGCACUGCAGCCACUCUGCUUAGAGAGGCUGCGAUUUACGAGCGUGAAGGACAUGACGAACAAGCUUAUCUUCUCCUCUUCCGACAUGCCCAGCUGGUGCUGGUAAACCUGUCAAAGCAUCCUGAUGCCAGCAAAGACGAUAAAGACCGUAAAGCAUUGAUAGCCGCCGAGAAAGAAGUCCAAACAAACCUUGCCAAACUAGAAGUCCUUAAACCGAGAAUCAACAAGCGAUAUGAGCGCUACACCCAGCUGAUGAGGGAACGGGACUCUCGCAAACAAGCGCUUGAACCCUCAUCAGCACCCAAACAACAUGAAAGACCCGCAGAUCCUGCUCUCAGUGGUGUUGCGGAGCCUCUGGAAGCAGGAGAGAACCGCGACCUUGCUGUUCGGCUGGCACAAUCCGAACUCAGCCGUCGUGCCACUGUUCGAAAGACUGAAGAUAACCGUCGGGCCGCCGGUGUCUGGGGUGAUUGGGAAACAGCGUUGAACACAGACAGACAUUCGGCAGAUAAUGAUUUGAGUCAGCGAAUUCAAGACGUCAGAUCCAAUAUUGACCACACGGGCCCUUCAAGGCAGACCUCACGUGCGCAACCUCCUAUCUUACGCGACACACCAUCAGCUAUUGCAGAGAGAUACAAUUAUCCAAGCGUACCACGCCAGAAAUCAUUGGAGCAUUCUAUUCUCCCUGGGAAAAUUGCCAUUCUUGACAAGAAUGCGCAGCGACAGCCACCUCCAGUUCUACCACCAAAAGAACAUGUCGCGCCCCGGAGAGCAUCUCUCGUUGAUGCUUCACCCAUAACCGAGCCUCCGCCGCUCCCAUCGAAGAUAUCACAAGCGCCAGCACCUCCAGAGAAAGUAAUAGCAACUCACGACGGGGCCUCCGCGCCAUCGGACCUCGAUCCAGCAAGCUAUACUUUCAAGCCUUCUGCAUACCUUGAAAACGGAAGUCCAUUGCGAUCUGUCUUUCUACCUGCCAGCCUCCGUAAUCAAUUCUUGUCAGUGGCUGCUUCCAACACGCGCCGGAACUUAGAAACGUGUGGAAUUCUUUGUGGAACAUUAGUCUCGAAUGCCCUCUUCAUCUCUAGACUCAUCAUUCCAGAGCAAAUUUCUACAUCUGAUACUUGUGAGACUACCAAUGAAUCCGCCAUCUUCGAGUACUGUGAUUCAGAGGAUCUGAUCAUGCUCGGAUGGAUCCACACACACCCUACACAGACAUGUUUCAUGAGCUCUCGCGAUUUACACACUCACUCCGGUUAUCAAGUGAUGCUGCCAGAGAGCAUUGCUAUUGUCUGUGCACCAAGCAAAAAUCCAGACUGGGGUGUCUUCCGUCUCACUGAUCCACCUGGGUUGAAAACUGUUUUGAAUUGCACGCAGAGCGGUCUGUUUCACCCUCAUGCCCAGGAAAAUAUCUACACGGGCGCCUUACGACCUGGACACGUAUUUGAGGUCAAUGGGCUGGAGUACGAGACCGUGGAUCUGCGUCCCAAGGACGCGCGUUAA